AUGCAGUCUGUGAUCCAGGCUGCCGUAGAGCAGCAGGUGCUGCGAGCAGCAGAAGAGAUGGAGACAGCACUAGACGCGCAGCUUCAUGCCAUGGACAACCUAGAUCCCGAUGAUAUUGAGGCUCUUCGCCAACGCCGCGUACAAGAAAUGAAAAGGCUUCAACAAAGGAAGGCAGAGUGGGCUGCACGGGGCCAUGGAGAGGUGCAGGAAGUGGAGGAGAAGGAGUUUUUCAAGUGUGCCAGGGGAGAGGAGAGGCUGGUGGCGCAUUUCUACAGGUCCUCGGAGCCCUGCCGGGUGAUGGACAUGCACCUGGCACGGCUGGCACCCUCCCACAUGGAGACCAAGUUUGUCAGGGUUGCAGCCGAGAAAGCACCUUUCCUGACAGAUCGGUUGAAGAUAUGGAUGUUGCCCACCCUGGCCAUUGUCAAGUCGGGCAAAGCCACCGACUAUGUCGUCGGCUUCAACGAGCUGGGAGGAAGCGAUGACUUCCCCACCAGUGCACUGGAAGCCAGACUGGCAGCUGCGGGGGCGAUCUCAGAGGAUGUGCAUCACAACAAGGCAGCGGGCGUGCAGCGGGAAGGCACGGAACGCACUGUCAGGCGGGGCGGGCGACAUCGCACCGACUCGGACGAGGACUCGGACUUUGACUGA